AUGGACCUGGUAUUCAGCUUCGACACGACCGGGUCCAUGUACCACUAUGUGGGCGAGGUGAAGACCAAGGUGGAGCAGAUUGUGGAGGAGCUCCUGCGAGAUGUUCCGAACAUACGGAUCGGGCUGAUCGCGCACGGCGACUACUGCGCCACCGGCGUGUGGAUGGGCGGUCACGAGUGCUACGUGACCCGCGAGCUCGAUUUCACCAGCGACCGGCACGCGCUGUGCUCGUUCAUCCGCAACACUCACGGGUCCUUGGGCGGCGACGACGAAGGCGAGUGCUACGAGCUGGCCCUAUGGCAGAGCCGCCAGUUUUCGUGGCGCCCCGGCAGCACCAAGGCGCUGGUGAUGAUCGGCGACGACCUGCCCCACACACCGGAUUUCCCCGGCAACACGCGGCGGCUCGACUGGCGCGCCGAGGUCGACCAACUCAAGGCCGACGGCGUCACCAUCUACAGCGUCCACGCCGGCGGCAAGCCAGCGUCGCGCGGCCCUAGAACGAGGUUUUGGCGGGAGAUGGCGGAGCGCACCGGCGGCGAGUACCUCACCCUGGCCAGCAUCGCGUCGAUCCACGAGACCAUGGUAGGCAUUCUCUACCGCGAGGCCGGCGACCAGCAGCUCGAGCACUGGGCCAAGACCGCCGGCGGCAGCACCACUGCCGCGUCGGGCGAAGCGCACGUGUUCUUGACGUCGACGAUGAAGGAGCUGUCGCUGUCAACGGACGACCUGAUGCGCAUCCACGAGGCCCUGCAUGACAAGGGCGUGGGCGAGGUGGAGGCCCUGGGGCGGCGGCAUGCGGUAGUGGUCGGGCGUGCCGGGUGCCGCUUCGUGCGGAUCGAGGGGGUGACCUUCAUCGAGCAGAACAAGAACAAGGCGAGCAAGUACGCCCGCAUGGCCACGGAGGGCAAGAAGAUCACCUGGGUCGUCAAGCUCGGCGAAUGGGGCCUGAUCAUCGAUGGCGAAGUCGUAAAGAUGUGA